UCUUCACAAACCUUAAAACCUAGCUCUAAACUUUCGCUUCGCUGCCCUAAAACUUUUUUCAAGCUUUUUCUCUGUUAGUGUGAUAAUGGCUGGUAAAGGAGAAGGUCCUGCGAUCGGUAUCGAUCUUGGUACGACGUACUCUUGUGUCGGAGUAUGGCAACAUGACCGUGUUGAGAUCAUCGCUAAUGAUCAAGGAAACAGAACCACUCCGUCGUACGUUGCUUUCACCGACUCCGAGAGGUUGAUCGGUGAUGCUGCUAAGAACCAGGUCGCUAUGAACCCGGUUAACACUGUUUUUGAUGCAAAGAGGUUGAUUGGUCGUAGAUACAGUGACGCAUCGGUUCAAAGUGACAGACAGUUAUGGCCUUUCAAGAUCAUCUCUGGAACUGCAGAGAAACCAAUGAUUGUCGUCGAGUACAAGGGAGAAGAGAAACAAUUCGCUGCUGAAGAAAUCUCUUCCAUGGUUCUCAUUAAGAUGCGUGAGAUCGCUGAAGCUUUCCUUGGCACUACUGUCAAGAACGCUGUGGUCACUGUUCCUGCUUACUUCAAUGACUCUCAACGUCAAGCCACAAAGGAUGCUGGUGUGAUUGCUGGUUUGAAUGUUUUACGUAUCAUCAACGAGCCCACCGCUGCUGCUAUUGCUUAUGGUCUUGACAAGAAGGCCACAAGUGUUGGAGAGAAGAAUGUUUUGAUCUUUGAUCUUGGUGGUGGUACUUUUGAUGUCUCUCUUCUUACCAUUGAAGAAGGUAUCUUUGAGGUCAAGGCAACGGCUGGUGAUACUCAUCUUGGUGGUGAAGAUUUUGACAACAGAAUGGUUAACCACUUUGUUCAAGAGUUUAAGAGGAAGAACAAGAAGGACAUCACCGGUAACCCGAGAGCUCUCAGGAGGUUGAGAACAGCUUGUGAGAGAGCAAAGAGGACUCUUUCUUCCACCGCCCAGACUACCAUCGAGAUUGACUCUUUGUUUGAUGGAGCUGACUUCUAUUCACCAAUCACCCGUGCUAGAUUCGAAGAGAUGAACAUGGAUCUCUUUAGGAAGUGUAUGGAGCCUGUUGAGAAGUGUCUCCGUGAUGCCAAGAUGGACAAGAGCACUGUUCACGAUAUUGUCCUUGUUGGUGGAUCCACCCGUAUCCCUAAGGUUCAGCAAUUGCUUCAGGACUUCUUCAACGGCAAAGAGCUUUGCAAGUCUAUCAACCCUGAUGAGGCUGUAGCUUAUGGUGCAGCUGUUCAGGCUGCAAUCCUAAGUGGUGAAGGAAACGAGAAGGUCCAAGAUCUUCUCUUGCUCGAUGUCACUCCUCUCUCCCUUGGUCUUGAAACUGCUGGUGGUGUCAUGACCACUUUGAUUCAAAGAAACACAACAAUUCCAACCAAGAAAGAACAGGUCUUCUCAACUUAUUCAGACAACCAGCCUGGCGUUUUGAUCCAAGUUUUUGAAGGUGAGAGGGCUAGAACCAAGGACAACAACCUCCUCGGUAAAUUUGAGCUUUCUGGAAUCCCUCCUGCUCCACGAGGUGUCCCUCAGAUCACUGUCUGCUUCGACAUUGACGCCAAUGGUAUCCUUAAUGUCUCUGCUGAGGACAAGACCACUGGAAAAAAGAACAAGAUCACUAUCACUAAUGACAAGGGUCGUUUGUCUAAAGAGGAUAUUGAGAAGAUGGUCCAAGAAGCUGAGAAGUACAAGUCUGAGGAUGAGGAGCACAAGAAGAAGGUUGAGGCCAAGAACGCUCUUGAGAACUACGCUUACAACAUGAGGAACACAAUCCGUGAUGAGAAGAUCGGUGAGAAGCUUCCUGCUGCAGACAAGAAGAAGGUUGAGGACUCGAUUGAGGAAGCAAUCCAAUGGCUAGAUGGUAACCAAUUGGCUGAAGCUGACGAGUUUGAAGACAAGAUGAAGGAGUUGGAGAGUGUUUGCAAUCCGAUCAUCGCUAAGAUGUAUCAAGGAGGAGCUGGUGGUGAAGCUGGUGGUCCUGGAGCUGCUGGAAUGGACGAAGAUGAUACUCCUCCUGCCUCAGGUGGUGCUGGUCCCAAGAUCGAGGAAGUCGACUAAGUGUUCUCUUAGUUAUUGUUUUUUUUUAUUUGAACUCUCUCUAUUUAGUGUUGGAUUUUAUGUUCUACUUUUUCUCUGAUCUAAGUACUUUCUCUCUAUUGUUUGGUCAUUGGUGACCCUUUCUCUUAAAAACUUGGUAGAAAGCUCUCUUUAUGAAAAUUUCUUUACAUGUCAGAUUCACAUAAGUGUGUUGAAUUUUUCACAAAGCUUCGAAGAAAUGGGAUUAAACUAC